AUGAGGUCGCGCACAGGCUGCCAGACGUGCCGCGUGCGAAAGCUGAAAUGCGACGAACGGAAGCCCGUCUGCGGGCCAUGCACCAAGGCCAAUCGCGAAUGCGUCUUCAAUUCCGGCCUCAUCUUCCGCCACCAGCAGAAUGCCUCCAUGAACGGCGACGGCGUCGGCGCCGAUCAGGGUCUCAAGGGCUUCUACGCCUACAAGAACACCUUUGGCCACGACGCCGUCUGGCUGGACAUCCCCAAGCAAGUGAGAUUCUGGAACACCACCGACCCCUAUAAUGAGCCCAUGUCGCCCGAGUCCGAGACGUCGCCUGGCAGCGCGCCUGAACAGCCGCAAUCCUCACAACAAGAUGCGCAGGCCAUGCAGUGGCCUCUCGCCGACUCGUUCCCGCAGCCCGACACUCAGUCGCCCGCGCAUGCUCUCCACGCUCUGUCUGCCGUGGCCACCAGCGACCACUAUGCAUACCUGCACCCGCGCGUGGGCCGCCACGACGGCACCCCCGUGCCUGAUGCGCCGCUGCGGUCGAGCGCCAAUCUGUCGGGAAUGCACCCUCCCACGCCGCUUGCUCGCCAUGCUGUCGAUUCCCCCAUAUCGCCACCGGUGUCCAUGACCUCGUCCACAAACCACAAUAUCGAUUUCCUUUUGAACCACCCUUCGGCGGCGUCGCCGCCAUUGGACCCCAGUCUGCAAUCCCCGUACGCCCAGUCGGCACGGGAGGUGCUGCAUGCAAGAUCUGCAAGCUCACACAUCUCAAUGGGGUCCAGUUCGUUUGAGAGCAGUGUGGAGAACGACCAUGAAAUUGCCUAUCUUUUGAGGUAUUAUUCCGAGGGCCCAGGCCAGUGGAUGGACUUGUUCGACCUCGGCUCAUAUUUUGCCUCAUACGUCCCGGUCAAGGCGCAGACGACUCCGGUGCUCAAGUACGCGGCCAUAGCUUACUCUGCUAAGGCGCUUGGGCGCGUGAAGGGCAAGCGUCCAAUCAUGGGCGGAAACGCAAUUCGUCAUGCUCGCACCGAGCUGUAUCCUAAUACGCAUUCCGUCGACUGGUACCACAAGGCAACGGAAUACUACGAUAAUGCCGUCUCCCUCCUCCGACAGGCGCUGCAGGAUGACUCUCGUGGCAUCUCGCAAGAGAGCGCUACCGGUGAGGGGCAGUGGAGACCCGCGGACGGUUCGGAUGGCAGCUUUGGGCACACCAAGCGCACCAGCCUGUCGGGUUUUCCCGUGUCACGAUGCAGCUCGGACGAGCUUCUCGCAGCUACGGCCAUUCUCUGUGUUUACGAGUUCCUUGACGCGUCCGGUCCUGAAUGGUCCCGCCACCUAAGCGGAGCAAAGUCCCUGAUUGAUAUUGCCAAAGACAGCAUGAUGCCCCUGCAGCUCCCUUCCCCUGGCCUGGCUCUCCAAUCACAGUCUGUGAAGCUUUCCAAGGCUAGGAAAGCGACAUUCUGGAAUGUAGCCCGGCAGGAUAUGCUCUCCGCAUUCAUCAACACCACCCAAACUCGGCUUGACACGGAAGACUUGCCAAUGUGGAAAGAUGCCGGACUGCAGAUUGACGACAACGGGUUUAUCAUGCCCGUUGAGCCAACCACUAGUGGCUACCCUGAAAGCGGGAAUGUGAUGAAAGAAGAUAUGAUUUCUAACUCCCUCGUCUGGCUCAUGUCGAAAUUAGUCAAUUUCAUGGCAGCUGGUGAUGAGCUUCCGCCGCAUCCCGACUCCCCCUGGGCUCAAGGAGUGCCGCAAAGGACGCUACUUGACUACUGGACCUAUCUCAAACGACAAUUCCAGAUAUGGUUCGAUGGCCUGCCUCUUACCUUUAAGCCUUGCGCUCGGAUCCCACCUUCCCGCAUUCCAAAUUCCUUGGUUGACGACGACCUUGACUCCGUGCUCCCUGAGCUCAUUGAACAGUGGGAAUGGAGCGAGGGCGACGUUCCAUGA